CAUGAAAAUUUCUUCAAUUUUUAAUGGUUUUUCCAACGCUCCUCACAUUGAUAACAUGACCAUAUCCUCCAAAAUCCUAAACUGGGUCCCAACCAUAAUCAAAAUCAAGCUUUCCCAUUCACCACAAAUUUGGGAAUGGAGUUGUUGGCUCGCUUAAUUAUGAGGAAAAUGCCAAGCUUUUAGCAUACCAUUAUUCAAACGGCAGUUGAAUCGCCGCAAUGUUCGUUAGUUCACUUGUUUAUGACCUUCACAUUUAUGAAUACUAUCAACUACCAGCAACUCUAUAUCUGGAAUCAGCUUUUUUUUUUUUCUUUUUUACAUUCAAAUUCGAGAAAUUUAGUUCUUUUGAAGAGAUGGAGCUUGCCUCCAAUAGGGGAUUUGACCAGGACCCACCUACUAAAAUGGAGGAACAAGAAACGAAAACAAGUAAAAGGUCUUUUUUUGGUCUGUUUGCUGCUGCUGAUUCAAUUGACUGUUGAUGCUGUUUGGAAGUUUAGGAGCGUUUGUUCAUGGGGCUGCUCUUCCUGUUUUCUUUGUUCUGUUUGGUCGGAUGAUUGAUUCUUUGGGAAAUUUGUCCAGACAUCCUCAUAGAUCGUCUUCUUGUAUUGUUGAGAAUGCUUUGUACUUGAUCUAUCUUGGCCUCAUUGUGUUGGCAUCAGCAUGGAUAGGUGUGGCUUUUUGGAUGCAAACAGGGGAGAGGCAGACGACGAGGUUGAGAAUGAAGUAUCUCAAGUCAAUUUUGAAGAAAGAUAUUAACUUUUUCGAUACCGAGGCCAAAGAUUGCAACAUAAUCUUCCAUAUCUCAAUUGAUAUGGUUUUGGUUCAAGAUGCAAUAGGUGACAAGACAGGCCAUGCUUUGCGUUAUUUCUCCCAAUUCUUAGUUGGAUUUGCCAUUGGAUUUACAUCAGUUUGGAAACUGACUCUUCUGACUUUGGCCAUUGUUCCAUUGGUAGCCAUUGCAGGAGGUGCAUACACAAUCAUCAUGUCCACUUUGUCUGGAAAAGGUGAAGCUGCCUAUGCUCAAGUUGGAAAGAUAGUUGAAGAGGUUAUUGCAUAGAUUCGAACAGUGUAUUUGUAUGUAGGAGAGAGUAAAGCAGUGGAGAAAUACUCUGAGUCGCUUCAAAAUGCAUUGAAACUGGGGAAGAGGAGUGGUUUUGCAAAAGGCAUUGGCGUGGGGUUUACAUACAGUCUUCUGUUUUGUGCCUGGGCUUUGCUCCUCUGGUAUGCCAGCAUACUCGUCCUCCACCAUGAAAAAAAUGGAGGGAAAGCUUUCACGACAAUCAUCAAUGUCAUCUUCAGUGGAUUUGCGCUCGGUCAAGCUAUGCCAAAUUUCGUUGCCAUUGCAAAAGGUCGGGUGGCUGCAACCAACAUUUUUAGCAUGAUUGACACAGAUUAUGAAUCUUCUUCAAGGACUAAGAAUGGAGUAGCAUUGUCGAAUAUAGAAGGAAAGAUUGAGUUUUCUGAGGUUUCCUUUGCUUAUCCCUCCCGACCGCAAUUGAUUUUUGACAAGUUAAGCUUCUCAAUAAGUGCUGGAAAGACGGUUGCAGUUGUCGGCCCCAGUGGCUCAGGGAAGAGCACCAUUAUUUCCAUGGUUCAACGUUUCUAUGAACCGUCUUCAGGUAAAAUACUAUUGGAUGGACAUGAUCUUAGGUCUCUUGAGUUGAAAUGGUUGAGAAGGCAAAUGGGGUUAGUUAGUCAAGAGCCUGCCUUAUUUGCCACCACAAUAGCUGCCAAUAUUCUUUUUGGUCAAGAAGAUGCAACCAUGGAUGAUAUCACAGCUGCUGAAGCUGCAAAUGCUCAUUCCUUCAUUCAAGAAUUACCAGAUGGUUACUCCACUCAGGUUGGAGAGGGAGGGACUCAGCUUUCAGGUGGGCAAAAGCAGAGGAUCGCCAUUGCAAGGGCAGUUCUACGAAAUCCAAAAAUAUUACUUCUAUAUGAGGCAACUAGUGCACUUGAUGCAGAAUCAAAACUCAUUGUUCAAAAGGCACUGAUCAGAAUCAUGUCGAAUCGAACAACAAUUAUCGUUGCACAUCGACUUUCAACGAUUCAAGAUGUCGAUACCAUCAUUGUCCUGAAAAACGGUCAGGUUGUUGAGAGUGGAAACCAUUCAGAAUUGAUGUCAAAGAAUAAUCAGUAUGCAACUCUAGUGAGCUUGCAAGUAUCAAGCCAAGUGAAUGAUUCUACCCUAAUAUCACCAUCUGGGAGUUCCAGGUAUUCGAGUUUUCAAGAACCUUUUAGCUUUUAUAAUAGUAUACAAGAUUCCAAGUCAUUCAGAGAGACUGAGAUACAAUCAGCAAACAAAGAUUUGAAAAUGUCGAAUUCUCCUCCUCCAUCGAUUUUGGAACUACUGAAGUUAAAUGCACCCAAGUGGCCUUAUGCAGUACUAGGAUCCAUGGGAGCAAUUCUUGCAGGCAUUCGAGCUCCUUUGUUUGCACUUGGCAUAACUCAUGUCCUAUCUGCAUUUUAUUCUCCUCAUCAUUCCCGAAUCAAAGACGAGGUUCAUCACAUCGCUUUCAUGUUCGUAGGAGUUGCUAUUCUCACCAUUCCUAUAUAUCUGCUUCAACACUACUUCUACACAUUAAUGGGAGAGAGGCUUACAGCCCGUGUUCGUUUGCUGUUGUUCUCAGCUAUCCUUUCCAACGAAGUUGGUUGGUUUGAUUUUGAUGAGAACAACACUGGUUCCUUGACAUCAGUUUUGGCAUCUGAUGCAACGUUAGUAAGAAGUGCGUUGGCCGACCGUAUAUCGACCAUCAUGCAGAACGUAGCGCUCACUGUGUCUGCAUUUGUUAUUGCCUUUAUAUUCAGUUGGCGCCUUGCAGCCGUUGUUGUUGCUUCUUUGCCCCUUCUGAUUGGAGCUUCAAUAACUGAGGGAUUUUGUGGAGACUAUAGUCGAGCAUAUAACCGCGCAACAGCUGUAGCACGUGAAGCUAUCGCCAAUAUACACACAGUUGCGGCAUUUGGUGCUGAAGAGAAGAUCUCAAGUCAGUUUGCCUUUAAAUUGAACAAACCCAACAAGCAGGCCCUUCUGAGAGGUCAUACUGCUGGCUUUUGCUAUGGGAUAUCUCAGUUCUUCCCAUUUUGUUUCUAUGCACUUGGCCUUUGGUAUGCAUCAACUCUUAUCAAACAUAAACACUCAAACUUUGGGAACAUCAUGAAAUCUUUGAUGGUUUUGAUAAUCACAUCAUUAGCAAUAGCAGAAACCCUGGCUCUUACACCUGAUAUUGUAAAAGGUUCACAAACAUUAGGAUCAGUCUUCAAUAUUCUCCAUCGAAACACCAUCAUAGAUUCCAACAAUCCAUCCUCCCAUAUGUUAACUUACAUCAGAGGCGAUAUAGAAUUCAGGAACGUGAGUUUUAAAUACCCAGCAAGACCAGAUAUCACAAUUUUUGAGAACUUGAAUCUAAGAGUUUCUGCUGGCAAGAGUCUCGCUGUAGUAGGACAAAGUGGGUCGGGAAAGAGCACCGUGAUUGCAUUGGUGGUGAGAUUUUAUGAUCCCAUUACGGGAACCAUCUCAGUCGACAGCUGUGACAUCAAAAGCUUAAACUUGAGAUCACUAAGGAUGAAAAUAGGUUUGGUUCAACAAGAACCAGCUUUGUUUUCCACAACAAUAUAUGAGAAUAUCAGAUAUGGCAAUCAAGAGGCAUCAGAAAUUGAAGUAAUGAAAGCAGCCAAGGCAGCAAAUGCUCAUGGCUUCAUCAGCCGAAUGCCGAAUGGCUAUCAAACGCACGUUGGCGACCGAGGAGUGCAGCUCUCGGGAGAGAAGCAGAGAGUGGCAAUUGCUAGAGCAAUACUAAAAGAUCCUUCCAUUCUUCUGUUGGAUGAAGCAACAAGUGCAUUGGAUGCUGCCUCUGAGAAGCAAGUGCAGGAGGCUCUUGACAGGCUAAUGGAAGGCCGGACUACAAUUCUUGUGGCGCACCGGCUUACGACCAUCCGCGAUGCCAACAGAAUCGCUGUGCUCAAGAGUGGUAGAGUGGUUGAGAUUGGCAGCCAUGAUAGCUUACUGAAGAACCCCAACAGUAUCUAUAAACAGUUGGUGAAUUUGCAACAGGAAACAACUGUGCAAUCGCUUGUGUAGUUAGUUUAGGUGUUGUAUAUGAAAUUGUCUCCCAGGAGGUUGAGAUUGGAAAACAGAUUGAGAGAGAGAGAAAAUCCUUAACAAGUUUCAAGGUUGCUGCAGAAAACAUCUCCCAUGGCAGUGUUUUGUGUUGCUAUUGAUUCAAUGUGUCAAGUAAAUUUCUUGCUGUAAUCGUCUUCUCUCUCAAGUCUCACCCACUUUGCGCGUAAAUUCUAUAUUUGGAAAUGAAUGCAUGAAACACAAUAUUA